AUGAAUAACGGUUCACCAACGCCUAGACGUUAUACAUCCAGACCUGACUUCAAAAAUUACGGAUUUGAUGGGCUUGAGAAUAGGAAUAGUGGCAAUAGAUACAUGAAUCCAAGAGAAAAAUUGAUUCCAAAACAAUAUUAUGAAAAUGCCAGGACUGUCGAUGAAUUAUUAGCUGAAAUCAAAAUGUUGUCUAGACAAUUACGAGAACAACAGGAAAGAGAGUUGAAACUGAGAAAUUUGUGCGAGACUUUAAAGGGGAAAUUAGGUAAAUAUUUUGAGUUUCGCGAACUUGCCUUGAGAUAUAAGCAUGAAAGAGACGAACUUUCCUAUAAACUUUACAAAAAAAAUAUCUAUGAAGAUGACGAUGAUAACAUCAAUAACAGUAAUAAUAAUAAUAAUAAUAAUAAUAAUAAUAAUAAUAAUAAUAAUGUCAAAAAUUUUGAUUUUGUUGAUGACUCUGAUGUUAAUAAAGAUUUGGACGAUGAUCAUAUAUAUAUUUCUAAGAGAAGAAAUAAUCAUUACAGAAAUAACGAACAUAGAUCUUCCAUGUCUACAAAUAAAUCAAAUCUAAAUCAAAAUGAAAAUGAUUUAGAGACAAAGGAGUUAAUCAGUAAAUUGUAUGAAAUGAUCUCCAGUUUAAAACAAGACAGUAUAACUUUAUCUACACGAUCUAACUCAAAUAAUUGCAAUAAUACUGAUGAUAAUGACAGGAAUAGUAGUGGAAAUAAUAUGAACAAUGAUUCAAACAAAAAUAAUAAUACUGAUGAUAAGUCGAAGUACUUAUCAGAAAAAGAUUUAGAUGUUAUUAAAACGGAAGAAUUGAGAAAACUAGAAGAUGCUGUUCAAGAGUAUCGUCAUAGACUAGAAGCAAGGAAAGCGUAUGAAAGACGCAAGAUUUCAGCUCAACAAGAAAUAUUACAGAUCCAAGAAGAAUUAAGAGGUUUAGAUACAGGUUUUAGUUCCUUUGAAAAUAACAACACUAGCAAUACAAAAAAUAGUGUAAAAUUUGCAGAAAAAGAAACUAAAAAUGAGGUAACUAGACCCAAAUCAAAAAAUAAAUCGAAAAUUAGAGAGAGAUUUGAUGACAUUGGUAAUGAAUAUGAUGAAACGUCGUUUUUCCAAACCAGUUCGACAUGA